GUCACUUCAACAUUGCAGCCUGAAAUGAUGGAUGAUAAAUAACUAAUCACUAUGCUUUGGCUCUGUGGUGGACUACCUUACAUGAACCUGUCUGGUACUUUGCUUUGUCACUGCUGAUUUGAAAGUCAGGUCAAGAGCAGCCAAGUCCCUCCUCUUUCAGGAAGAAACCUGCUCCGAACUUCCUGCAAAAUUUGCCACAACUUUGCUGGGAAACCUUACUGCUUUUGGAGUAAACAAUCAAGGAUCAGGCAGCAUGACAGCCCUCCUCUGCAGACAAGCCGGGCCGAGGUGUUCAUCGUGGCGGUGCCUGGGCGCAGUUCUGCGGGGAACGCACACCCGAGCCUCCCUUCUGCAUUACCGGGACGGAGCGCGAACGCUGGCCGGCGGCAGUCGCCCUUUAACGGGACACAGUCGCGCGCACAGCCGCUGGCAGCACACAGAGGCGGCAGAGCCUGUAGAGGUGGAUUUAAAACGCUUAGAGGGAGGAGAUGAUGGGAUAGUGGAGGUGCUGAUGUGCCGACACAAGGCAAGAAACGCGCUGGGCCAUGUGUUUGUGUCACAGAUGAGGGAGCUGGUGUCCACUCUGUCCAAUGACUCAGCAGUGCGUGUGGUUGUCUUCAGGAGUUUAGUAUCAGGGGUUUUCUGUGCAGGUGCAGACCUAAAAGAGAGAGCUUUGAUGAACAACACAGAGUCUGAUCUGUUUGUUCACAGCCUGCGCUCCCUCAUGACUCAGAUAGCGUCGUUGCCCAUGCCAACCAUCGCAGCCAUGGACGGCGUUGCCCUGGGAGGUGGACUGGAGCUGGCCUUGGCCUGUGACCUCCGCACUGCCGCGCAUUCUGCACAGAUGGGUCUGAUUGAGACGACACGGGGGCUGCUCCCAGGGGCAGGGGGCAGUCAGCGGCUGCCGAGGAUGGUUGGCAUCACCUUGGCGAAAGAGCUCAUCUUCACAGGUAAGCGUGUGGGAGGGCAGACAGCUCUGGAGAUGGGGCUUGUAAACAGAGCUGUAGAACAAAACCAGACAGGAGACGCUGCCUACAGAGAAGCACUCAACCUGGCCAGAGAGAUACUGCCCCAGGCUCCUAUCGCUGUGCGAAUGGCAAAAGAAGCAAUGAACAGAGGAGUUGAGGUUGACAUCAGUUCAGCAAUGGCCAUAGAGAGGAUGUGUUAUGCUCAGGUCAUCCCCACACGGGACAGACAGGAGGGCAUGGCUGCCUUCCUAGAGAAGAGACCUCCUCGGUACAGUGGAGAAUAGACUGUUCUGAGUUAUUGAAUUUCUUUCUCACACAGACGUGCCCACACAGAUGCUCUGUGUAACCAUGUCUGAUAGACAAUUAACACCCAUUGAUUGUCUAUGUGCAUCCAAGGCGGAGUCAAUACAUGAGUUAAGGUCAGCCUGAGCAGUGACAUUCAGGAUUAGACUGACAAUGGUGAUUUUUGAUUUGGUAUAAGUCACAACAGCCUAACAUGACUAAAAAGAUUUUGCUGUUAGCCUUUUAUACUUUAUUUAGUCACACAUUUUGUACUUUAUAGAUGAUAGAAAGAUAAUCUUUGUAAGUAACUGAAUAAAAAGGCAACACAAGUGUCAUCUCCAGUUUA